AUGGGGUCCCUCACGCCAUCCGCCAGCCCGAGCCCACUGGUUCCAGCCGCCGACUACUUUUCGCAGCACAAGAGGGACAGCAGCUUCAAUUCCAGGUCGAGCGGCUCGUACGAUAAAAGAAGGUCCUUGAUCCCCAUUCGCCGCCAUACAACCCGCAAGAUCAAGCUUGUCAAGGGCAACGUCUUGAGCGCAGACUAUCCUGUACCCAGCGCGAUCCAAAAUGCCGUCCAGCGACAAUAUCGGGAAUCGGCGGAGCUCGCCGAGGAGUUCACCCACCUACGAUACACCGCUGCUACCUGCGAUCCGGACGAAUUUGUCGUGCGAAAUGGCUACAACCUACGACCCACGAUGUACAACCGACACACCGAGUUGCUCAUCGCCAUCACCUGCAAAAGCGAGAAUAAAGUCCUAACGGCCCGGACCCUACACGGAGUAUCCCAGAACAUCCGCGAUAUCGUCAAUCUCAAGAAAUCAGAAUUUUGGAAUCAAGGUGGACCCGCAUGGCAGAAGAUUGUGGUCUGUUUGGUGUUUGACGGAAUCGACCCUUGUGAUAAAAAUACCCUCGACGUGUUGGCGACGAUUGGUGUAUAUCAGGAUGGGAUCAUGAAGCGAUCGGUGGAUGGGAGAGAGACGACCGCUCAUAUCUUCGAAUACACCACCCAGCUCUCUGUCACCUCAAAUCAAAAUUUGAUCCGACCCCAAGGCGAUGAGUCCACAAAUCUAGCUCCGGUCCAAACAAUUCUCUGUCUCAAGCAGCAAACCAGCAACAAGAUCAAUUCCCACCGUUGGAUCUUCAACGCUUUCUCUCGCAUGCUGAAUCCGGAGGUGGUUGUUCUCCUCGACGCCGGAACAAAACCCUGCAAAGAAUCGUUCCUCGCUCUCUGGCAAUCCUUCUACAAUGAUAAGAACCUCGGCGGGGCAUGCGGUGAAGUCCACGCCCGAAUGAACACCAAACACAUGAUCAACCCCUUCGUCGCGGCGCAAAACUUCGAAAUGAAAAAGUCCAACAUCCUCGAGAAACCAUUAGAGAGCAUCUUCGGCCACGUUUCCCUCGGCGAGUUCUCCGCAUACCGAUACCGGGCAAUCAUGGGCCGACCAUUGGAACAGUACUUUCACGGCGAUCUCACGCUCUCCAAACAGCUCGGAAAGAAAGGCUUCGAAGGGAUGAGUAUCUUCAAGAAAAACAUGUUCUUCGCUGGCGACCGCAUUCUCUCUUUUGAACUGGUCGCAAAAGCCGGAUUCAAGUGGCAUUUGACCUUCGUCAAAGGCGCGAGGGCAGAAGCGGAGGUCCCGAAGGAUUUUGCGGGUUUCAUUAACUCGAGACGGCAAUGGCUGAAUGGCUCUUUUGCUGCGAACUUGUAUACUUUUAUACACUUUGGUCGAAUUUACCAAAGUGGGCACAACGUUCUGCAUCUAGCGCUUCUGCAUCUUCAAAUGAUUUACAAAUUUGCCAAGAUUGUGUUGUCUUGGUUCUCAUUAGCUUCAUUUUUUCUCAUCACAUCAGUUGUUAUGGGUGUUGUGAGCACCGCGAUGGAGGCGAACAAUUACCGCGCGUGGCCUUUUGGCAACGAGGCCUCGCCUAUCGUAAAUGACUUUCUCAAAUAUGGCUACGUUCUAUUGUUGGGUAUUCAAUUCAUUCUGUCUCUUGGCAAUCGUCCUAAAGGCUCCCGCCUGGCUUACACAAUCUCCUUCCUCUACUUCCCCAUCAUUCAAGUCUACACCACCGUCUUAGCCUUCUACCUCGUGAGUCAAGCAAAAACUAAAAUGUCCUUCAAUAUGGUCAUCGCCGAAGACGACAUGCUUUCGUCAGCUUCCAGCGACGUCGGCUCAAGCAUGAUCCUCAUGACCCUAGUCGCCACCUACGGAGUCCACGUAGCCGCCAGCAUCCUCUACAUGGACCCGCUACACGUCCUAACGUCUACAUGGGCCUACUUCUCCGGCACAACAUGCGUCUCAAACAUCCUAAUGGUCUACGCCUUCUGCAACUGGCAUGACGUCUCAAUCGGAACAAAUGUAGUCGACAAAAGCAAGAGUCUGCCCGAAGCACAGACGCAACGCGACGAGAAAUCGCGGUUCAUCGAAGAAUUUGAGCGGCCCCAGGUCGAUAUCGACAGUCUCUUCCAGGCUACCGUGAAACGAGCAUUGGCGACAUUCGAAGCACCCCCUGAGUCGGAGGACAGGGAUGUUGAUGAUGUGUACAAGGCUUUCCGGACGUACCUCGUGGUGUUGUGGGUUUUCAGUAACCUUAUCAUGGUGCUUUGUAUCAUGAGCACGGGUAUCAGCCGGUUCUGUCUCAAUACGCUUCCUGAUCGGCGGAUCUGGAAUUAUCUGCUUGCCGUCGCAUGGGGAACUGUCGGUCUUUCGCUCUUCCGCUUUGCUGGAUCGCUUUGCUUCUUGGCCAAGACGACCAUUUGGCGGUUUGCGGAGCGACGAUGA